UCUGGAAUGUUAACAAUGCUGUAAGUGUCCAACUUUGUACUGCAUUCUAAUUCUGCCGUGAGUGGCGAGAAAAUGGAGGACAACCCCACGAUUUUUACUCUAUGCCUUUUGUGAGAGAACAUCGAAAUACGAUAUUUGGGCAACGGGACAUCAGAGAGAUAUCUACAACUUGAGUUUGAACCAGUUUCCUUGGAUUAAGGUACCACUUAAAUCACAUGGCAAAGAUGUAUACCAGACUGGGAUGGAACAAUCAUGCAGACAUAACCCCUCACAUGUCUUGGGAGGAGGGGGAGUGUAAGCCCUGAAAGGGCUGCUGGGAUGUGAGUAGGCCAGCAUCCAACAGACGGCAGAGCCACAGAGGCAGCAGAAGCAAAGACGAGCAAGAACAGGAAUUCUAAUCUUCCCUCGCAUCUUUCCUACUGCAGCCUGUUAUCUAUUUAGGUUAGACAGCUCAGCCAUGGUGUAUUUUUUGUGUAUGCGUACAGUUGGGUUACUUGGAUUUGUUGCGUGAUUGCUUUCAUCUGAACUUUGUGAGUGGGUAAUUGAAAGAUCCUUUCUGUCUCUUCUAAGUGUGAAGUGUUUUUGCUUGAGAGUACUUGGAUUUUUGAGUGCAAGCCAGACCAGGCCACGUUCGCUCAUGAGGCCUAAGACCUUCCCCGCCGCCCCAUAUGUGGGCAACACGCGCCAGCGCCUGCAGGACAUAAAGGAAGGACUGAAGCAACCAGCGAAGCUGGUUAGCCAGGCGCUUCAUGGGGGAAGUUCCCGAGCGGAGGGGGGCAAAGGGGGUGACUCUAAGGGUAAAGACCAGGCUGGUAGGCAACAACAGCUCAGACAACCCCAGAAGUUCAAUAAUUACCAGAACGCCCUCCGAGAGAUCCGCAAGUCUCUGAGGCCUUUUGAAUGUGGUCCAGAUGUCAACAAACAGAUGCUGCAGGAUCUUGUCAAUGCUGGUUGUGAUCAGGAAAUGGCAGUGCGUGCCCUGAAACAGACUGGCAGUCGUAACAUUGAGGCAGCAUUGGAAUUUAUAAGUAAAAUGGGUUACCUGGACCCGCACAACGAACAGAUUGUACGCGUCAUCAAACAGACGUCCCCAGGACAGGGUGGAAUGUCAAAUUUGAUGGACCACCGAUCAGCAAUCGAGGCCACUGGGGAUGGUGCCAUGCCCACUUAUCACCAAAUGGGAGCUCCACUGUAUGAAGGAGCUAGUUAUGGGGUUGAGGGUGACAUGCCUCGUGCAUACAUGGGUGCACCAACAGUCAUUAACUACAUGCCACCUCCUGCCAAUCCAUCACAGGUUCCUGCCAUGGGAAACCCGAUGGGUCGUCCUGCCAGCAUGGGUGCCUAUUCUUCAAGCAUGUCUGGCCAGAACAACCCGGGGGUCCCUAUGUACACACCUGGUCCAGCUCAGGCAAAAGGGUACCCGGGUGGGAUAGACCAGGCUAUGAUGGGCUACAGUGUGCCUGGACCACCCAUGCAACUCCAGUCCCAACCCUCAGGGGGCCCUGGCCCUCAUUAUGACUACAGGCCUUCCAGCUAUGGGGUCAAACGCAGCGCUUCCUUCCAGAAUAAGAUGCCCCCAUUAGCACCAGAAAACUAUGUUAAUAUGCCAAGUAAAGGAGCAAUGGGUCAAAAUGGUGGUGGCUAUCCUCCCAACUUAUAUUUACCACCACAUUCCCAUCCACGCCAAGCAAGCCCCACCUCACAUCAAGUUCACAUGAUGCCACGGCCUACAGGAGCAAUGGGUGAGUUCUCAGAUGUUCCCCAAAGCCUCCUUACCCCUUCUAGGGCCAGUCUUAACCUUGAUCUGUAUGAGCAUCACUGGCCAGGAGCCCAAGUUCCUGAGGGUACUCCACCAGCCAGGCAGCCACAGGGGCCCUUCAGAGGGGAGGUACGUGUACCCAGUAGGACCAAUUCGUUCAACAACCACCAAAAGGUGACUGUGAGGCAGACAUUGCCACCUGCAGCUGCUGUUGCUGGCAAGCAGGAGGCACCCUUGGGUCCACCGAACACAAUCACUGCCGUGACCUCCCCACCAAUCCAGCCGCCCGUUAAGAGUAUACGGGUCAUGAGGCCUGAGCCAAAGACAGCAGUGGGUCCAUGCCACCCAGGCUGGCUGAGCACACAAGCCCAAGAAGCACCAGAGUCUCAUGCAUACAUACCAGAUGAUACUUUUACCUUAGAGCCCAACCAAGAGCACCGCUGCCCACCUCCACCUUACCCCAAAACUCUUCUCCUGCCUGGAUCUGGACCUGAGUCUGCAUCCAUUGAGUCCAGCGCCAUGGGUGGACUGCAAGAUGCCAGUGCAACGAGUAGGACUGUCCAGACUGCCUCGGUGGGAAAGCAGGAGGAAGCUGCCUCCAAAGACAAAGGCAAGACAACCAAAGGAGAAAAGGUUGUGAAAGAUAAGAAGCAGAUCCAGACCUCGCCUGUGCCUGUGCGGAAAAACGCCCGUGAUGAAGAAAAGAGGGAGUCACGCAUUAAGAGUUACUCUCCCUUUGCUUUUAAGUUCUACAUGGAGCAGCAUGUGGAGAAUGUGAUGAAGACGUACCAGCAGAAGCUCAACCGCAGGAUGCAGCUGGAGCAGGAGAUGUCCAAGGCUGGCCUAUCAGAGGCAGAGCAGGAACAGAUGAGGAAGAUGCUUUACCAGAAGGAAUCUAAUUACAAUCGACUACGCCGUGCCAAGAUGGACAAGUCUAUGUUUGUCAAAAUCAAGACUCUUGGCAUUGGAGCCUUUGGUGAGGUUUGUCUUACGCGCAAAGUGGACACUGGGGCUCUAUAUGCCAUGAAGACUUUACGGAAAAAAGAUGUUCUGAACCGGAACCAAGUAGCCCAUGUGAAAGCAGAACGGGACAUCUUGGCAGAGGCUGACAAUGAGUGGGUAGUCAGACUGUACUACUCAUUCCAGGAUAGAGAUAGUCUAUACUUCGUCAUGGAUUACAUUCCUGGAGGUGAUAUGAUGAGCCUGCUGAUCCGUAUGGGGGUUUUCCCAGAGCCCUUAGCCAGGUUCUACAUUGCAGAGUUGACCCUAGCCAUCGAGAGUGUGCAUAAGAUGGGUUUCAUCCACAGAGAUAUUAAGCCAGACAACAUUCUCAUUGACCUGGAUGGACACAUCAAACUGACCGAUUUUGGUUUGUGUACUGGAUUCCGCUGGACUCACAACUCUAAAUAUUACCAAAAAGGGAACCAUAUCCGGCAGGAUAGUAUGGAACCAAGUGACUUUUGGGAUGAUGUAUCUAACUGUCGUUGUGGUGACCGGCUCAUGACUUUGGAGCAACGUGCAACUCGUCAGCACCAGCGAUGCCUGGCACACUCUCUGGUGGGCACUCCAAACUACAUAGCCCCUGAAGUGCUUCUCCGCAAAGGAUACACACAGCUGUGUGACUGGUGGAGUGUGGGAGUAAUCCUGUUUGAGAUGCUGGUUGGUCAACCACCAUUUCUUGCUCCAACCCCAACAGAGACACAGCUUAAGGUGAUAAACUGGGAGAACACACUGCAGGUGCCUCCACAAGUGAAACUGAGCCCCGAAGCAGUUGACAUCAUUGGUCGGCUGUGCUGCUCGUCUGAAGAGCGUUUGGGCGGCAACGGGGCUGGAGAGAUAAAAUCUCACCCAUUCUUUUCCGAAAUCGAUUUCUCCAGCAAUCUCCGCACACAGCCUGCACCCUACCGACCUAAGAUCGCCCACCCCAUGGAUACAUCUAACUUUGAUCCUGUGGAAGAGGAGGGAGGACCAGGGGCCUGGAGUGACAGUGGGGAAAGCACCCGCACUUGGGAAACACUUUGUUCCCCUCACGGCAAACACCCUGAGCAUGCUUUCUACGAGUUCACCUUCCGCAGGUUUUUUGACGAUAACGGUUGCCCAUUCCGUUAUCCCAAGCCUGCUGAGCCAAUUCAAGACCAGCACGAUACUUGCAGGACCAGUAGUGUUAAGCCUGAGAUGGAGGAAGAGGAGAUUCAUGAAGAGGAAGAAGAACAAGGAGAAGGUUGUGAGCCAGUUUAUGUUUGAGACUGUCAGAAAAGGUGUUUAUGCUGCUCAACCUUUACCCAACGGAGGCUUCAACAGUUAACACGCUGCAUCUCCUGCCCUCCUUUAAACCCAGCUUUCUCUUCAAGGUGUAUUUUUGUACAUUAAAUAGAUGGACGAACAUGGAGAAACAAUCAACAGACAUCAUAGGCAAAGUUCCAUGUAAAGAAAAUUGUAUUCCUCCAAAGUCCUUAAGCAGUAUCCUUUGCCUGUUCAAAAAUACUGAAGCUCCAACCUGGGACCAACGAAGUACACAAGCUGUGCAGCUUAAAUCCAGGGGAUGUUGGUGUGAUGGAUACAUUUGGCUACAGAGAGGUGUAGUUGCUGCUCUGUGGUUUGUCAGUCAAACCACUCGAUCUCAUAGUUAGUUUUAGCUGUGUCCCAUUCCGUUAUUCUACUGGGUGAAAAUAACCCAGUGUUUAUCAAAACACAUCCUUCUCCUCUCUCAGCCUGGUGAUGCUAACACAGCCAUUCCAGCCACCAGUGAGGCCAUGGUGAGGGAAAAUAGAGCCGGGCAUGGGAUUGUGGAUUUGAAUUUCGAUUAUGAUUAGGAGACGAUAUUACAAAGCAGAAAGAUACCUUCCCCACAUACAAUAUAAAUGCAACAUGCAAACGCAUUGUUUGUAAUGACUGUGGAGGGUUGCAUUUUUUUUUAUUAAUCAUAAAGCCAAAUGGAACAAAGUAAAAGGCAAGGUUUUUUCUUGUUAAAUACAGAAACAUGCUAACAAGGCUAUAUUUUCUAGAAUGAGAAUUCAAUAGCCAGAUUUUCAGCCAUACUGUCUACAAAAAAGCGUUUGAGAUGAUUGUGGCGCCACCACGUGGUUGACACUCUACAAUCAUGUCUUUGGAGACCCUGCAUUAUAUUAUUACAUUUUCAUUAUAAAACGUGCAAAGUCUAAAAGCUCACACUAUAUUUUGCAGGUAGAUACACUAAUAACAGCAUGUUGUAAAUAUAUCUAUACUUCAGUUUAUGUUAAAAUGGGUCAAUAUAUCAGGUCAAAUGGUGCUCUUCUGAGUGACACAGUAUUGAGACAAAACGUUCUGUAUGUACAGCCAGCACUUCAUGAACAUGGGACCCUAAAACUCCCAUCACUGUUUUAGUAGUUACAUCCUUUAGAUGUUUCGGCAAGCUUAUGCUUGAAUGCAAAAUGCUGCGGCCAUAAAUAUUUGUGUGGUAAAACUUACAGGUAAGUGUGUUAAUGCCACAAAAAUAUGAUGCAAUAUGAAACAUUUAAGACUAAAAGUGACACAAGUCCUGCUUGCUUUCUGCUUGUCUAAAGUUUGCAAAGUAACAAGCGUUAAUAUAGCUACUCCACAAAGUAUUCAAAAAUGUACUUUGCAUAAGUUUGUUCAUUGAAUUGCCAAAGUAUUGCUUUAGUAAUUGAAUAUUUGACGUUUGCCUGGCUUGAUUUAACUUGUUUAAAGGCUUGCCUUCCUAAACCUGUUCGCAGUAAUAGCUUUGAAGUCGUCUUUUUCUUUGAUGUAUAUCUAACACACACCGUGCAUUAUUUUUAAAGGUAUGCUCUCUCAGACAGCUGUGAUCCAGAGCAAUGUCAACUGAGAAACCGUAGAAAAGCUGGAGGACGCUCAUUUCCUUGUGCAGUUGAAAAACUAUUACCGCUUUAUUAAUUUCCAUUUUCUCCAUCUUAAUUGCAUUCGUAUCAUAACGGCGAUCUUAAAAGUCAGGGGGUUUGUUUUUGUUGUUUGUGAUCCACUGGAUGUGAUUUUGUCUAUCACCAUCAGAUAAUUAUUUCAGAUAACUUUAACUGAAAACUUGCAAAGAUGCGUUGACAUCGAGCCUGCCUCAAUGUGAGACUGCACGCAGCACAGUAUUAUAACAGAAUGGUCUACGACUGAAACAUUAAGAAUACAUUGAGGCAGAAACGCUUAAGCAAACAGUGAAAAAAGUGGUGAAAGGCAAAUGCAUCCGAUGGUAUGACUAUGUGCAAUACAGAAAAUACAUUAUAUAGUUUUCUAAUUACAACAAAUAGCCUUUAUAACUUUAAAAACUGAAUUGUGUUAUGUAAAAGUAUAUAUUAUAUUGAUUUAUAUAGUUUCGUGACCCAAUGCUGCUUAUUGUUAUUAAUAUUACAAUUUAAAGUACAAUAUCGUCAACGUAAUUUCAUUUUUACUUUCUCUUUGUAUAAAGUGUGGAAUUGAUUUUCAGUGUGAUUGAUCUGGUGUGAGACGAACUGCGUGCCUUAUGAAUGUGUGGGUGUGUGCACCACAUGCUGAUCAGUAUUUUUGAGAUGGAAAGACAUUAUCAUUUUCUCUUACUGUCAGGCCGGUCCUGACAGUAAGAGAAGUGUUUUUGGACGUUAGUUUGAGAAAGAUAAAGAAUCAAGAAUGAAUGCUUGUCAUUUGGGACUGAUCGAGAUGUUGAUGGAUUUCAUGACAGGGCGGAUGUUAGGAUGGAUAUUAAAACAACGUAUGCAUGUUUUUACUAAGGCUGUGGCAUUUCUUAUGGACUUCUGUGAUAAGUCCAAUUUAUACUUAUGCCUGUGUAAUGAUCUAAUCGCUUGUUGUGAUCGUGGGUCACUGCACGAAAUGUUCUCUGUAAAUUAUCUCUGAAGCUGACUGACAAUCAUGUGGUUAUGUGCUUGCAUUAGACCAAACUGAGAUGUCAAUUCAUUGACGUAAAGAGGUUUAAAACAACAAAAAGAUAAAUGAUAAUCGUUUUAUUGUUUUUCUCUGUUGUGCCAAUUAGAUCAACCUUAAAGGGAUAGUUCAUCCAAAAAUAAAGUAUCAUUAUUUAUUUACCCUUUUUUAUUCAAAAUCUUUGGAACACACAAAAAAGAUCACGUCUUGAUGUUUUGUGUCCUUAUAAUGAAAAUUGUUUGGUUACCAACAUUCUUCAAAAUAUCUUUUGUAUUCUGCAGAAGAAAGCAAGUCUAGAUAUAGGUUUGGAAUGACUUGAGUCUAUUUUUGGGUGAAUCCUUUAAAUGAAAUUUUAACAUGCAUCAAGACAUUUUACUGUGCCAUCGUGUAUACAAACUCAAAUUCGUAUUAUGCAUUUUGCUAUUUGACAUCUGACAGCAAAAGUGUCAGAUGUUUUACUAUACCAUAUUUACCAGAACGGACCACUUGGUGAAAAAGUAUUUAAAAAUCCCUCACAGAGUCAGGUUUAGGGUUUGAAUGUAAUGUGUUUGUGUUAUGGGAAGGAUGGUUACUCUGUGUUUUACUUUUGAAAGUGUUGACUGACAAUCUUUGACUGUAUUUUGACCUGUGUGAUGAUGGGACUUUUCCUAUAAUGUAUGUUUUUGUAUUUUAAUGGAUUGGGAAUUUUUAACGUUUGUAAUCGUUAAAUGUAUUAUACAAUACUGUUACUAUUGAACAUAUAUUUAUACAGAUAUGCAUAUUUUUUGUAUCCUUUUAUUAUUUUUCUCUUUCCAAGCUAACUUUUGACCCCCAUGUCUACAGUAUUACAGACAGUAUGCCUUUGGAUUUAUAUCUUAUUUUUUACAUGUAUGUAUGGGUUGAAAAUGUUUAAGAAAUGCUUUCACUGUCCUCACGUGUAAAUGUAUAGGCCUAUGUCUAAAUUAAAUUAAACAAAU